CAGCCAUCUAGUGUGCUGCAGUCCAAAGACCCGUUCAUUUUAGAAGAGCUUCUCUGCUGUCAGAAUUCAGUUCUGCUGAACACCUUGUCAACAUGAUGAUCAGAAUUGUGCUUGGAGUCAUUGCAGCGAUUGGAUUCCUCACUCUCAGUGAAGCCCUGACGUGUAAUUCAUGUAAAGUGGGCAUUUUAGGCAAAUGUUUAUUGAGCUCCCAAGUGUCCUGUGCUGCCUCCGAGCUCAACUGCUUCACUGCAAAAGCAGAGUUCAAUGUGACUGGGUUUCUGAGUCUGUCCUCAAGUGGCUGCACAUCUGAUUGCAACAACACCGCCGGGACCGUCCUGGGAGCGGGAUACACCGUGACCAAAACCUGCUGCGCCACAGAUCUGUGCAACGGAGCAAGUGCUGCGCAGCUGUCCAUGGCUGGGGCUCUCAGCGCCGCACUACUGGCCUCUGUCUGCAGUUUCAUGCUGUAGAUGUUACACCUCCUUGUCUGCACACUGUUAUGUUCACAAUACCUCCUUGAAUCGGAAUCAGUGAAGAUAUAAUCUAGAAUGCAUAGAUCCCAUAACUUACUGUAACUUUAAAUGUUUACUCCACUGUUUUUACUUUUCUCAUUGCUAAUAUGCAGUAAUAAUUUUUUUAAAUAAUCAUUUAUAUACAAUGCAAAACAUAUUUAAAAUUACAACAGUUUAGCUGAUGUCAUUUUUAAUAAAAACCUACAUUUGGAUGUACUCUUUGGAAUGAGGUGAUGAUAUAUUUGAGGUGGGGCUGAAUAAACAGAAACAUCACAGCAAUGACUCUGGGUUAGGUACUAGCUUUGGGAUUUUUGAUUUUUUGAUAUUGAUUUUACAUAUCUAGUAAAUGAUAACAGAGUUGUAAUUUUUGGGUGAACUAUCCCUUGACUUUAUAUUUAUUCUAGCACAUUGUAACAUUAGAUUAAUAAACAUGGUAAAAAAAAAACUGUAAA